AUGUGCCAAGCCCCUCCAAGUGCCGGUCUCAUGGCAUUUGCUGGCUUUGGGCUGGUUUUACUGUCAUCUACGCCGCAGCAUUAUUACUUUGCGCUGUGGACAUGCCAAGACUAUGCAUGUGUGAAACGUGGUCAAACCCAUGUUGAAGAUUGCAUUUCGGAUCCAUCGCCAGGUGGUGCCA